AUGAGACUGCCAUGUUUCGGAUUCGCCUAUGGUGCGAUCAGUGGUAGUUAUAUGACCGCGGUGUUUAUAGUGUUGGGUUCGUUGUCCGACACGCUAUUCGGGCCAGCGCAGCCCGCGAGAAUACUGGCAAUCGAGACGAUAGCGGGCAAGAGCCACUGGAACUUCAUGAGCUCCGUGCUCCGGGCGUUGACGGAAAACGGGCACAGCGUAACGGCGUACACGCCGUUCCCGGACGGCGACCGAGACAACUACACGGAAGUGGACACUUCCGACAGUUUCGCUAAGCUGGUCGGCGUAGGCCUGACGGAACUUGUACGAAAAUUCGGCAACCCGUUUAUAAUCAUACCCAUCGGUGUCCAGAUGAACAGGCACACGUGUGAAAUGCUGUAUGGAGACGGACGGUGGCGGCUCGGCGAAAACCGAAGUUCCGAGUUCGACGCGAUAAUUGUCGAGCCAAGUCUGUUGGAUUGCGUAACGUACGUGGCGAACGUUUUGGACAUACCGUUGAUAUAUUGCGUACCGACGCCGGUGCCCACGUUUGUGGACGGCAGGGCUAUCGGCGACGUUCUAAACCCGGCGGCCGUUUCCCAGCUCUGGGCUGAUCGCGCCGUGCCCAAGACGUUCUUCGACCGGCUGGCCAACACGGUCACGACGUUGUACCUCCGUUACGUGGUCGCGUACAAAGUAGCCGUGCUUAAAGCGUUCGAACCAAGACCGUACGACGCGGAUGUGGCGGUACCGCCUUCGCUAGUGUUCGUCAACGGCCACUACGUCAGCGACCCUUCCAGACCGAUGUCACAGAACGUCAAAAACGUGGGCGGCAUUCAUUUGAAACCCGCUCAAAAGUUACCAAAAGUGCGUGAAAGUUUAUCAAUGUGUACGAAUUCAUUUUUUUCAGCUUGAUAUAUUAUACGAUUAUUAUAGUACGGGUGAUUAUUACAUGACUAUUAUUCCAUAUAAAAACGAUAUCGAGGAAACAAAUUACUAAAAAUCUUAUAAGAAAGUUCUCAUUAUUAUUUAAACGAUUGAAUACCUUUGUAAUGUAAAUACGUAUUAACAUUUCGUACAAUAAGUACCACGUAAGUCUAACAAUUUUUUAUCUACAGAAUACCUAUUAAAUAAAAAUUACGUAAAAAACUAGCCAAAUAAACAUGUUUAUAAAUAACUCAAAUGUUUUGAAAAUUUUACCGCGUCUAGAAAAAGCAAAUAUAAAUUUUAAAAUUUUAAAAACCGAAAAAUUUCUCGUUAUUUCGAGGUAUUUUUCAGUUCUGUUUAAUUAUUAAAAAAAAACUAUAAGGAAAUGAAAAAAAUGUCUCCCUUAGUCACUAACUAGAUACAAAAUUUAAUAAAAAAGAUCUCAUGUUGUUUUUCUAUCGGAAUAAUAUUUAUGGUAGAAAACAUAAGCUGUAAUAAUUUAAAAUCUAAGUAUUUUUACUAACCGAGAAAGUUAUAGCUUUUUCGAUAUACUUGAAAUCUAAAAGUAAAGUAUGUCCCAAACAUUUGAUAAUUAUAUUAUUACACGUUAUUAUACAAGGUUAUAUAAUAAAUUAGAUAUAGAAUAUUAUAAAAUCUAUACUGAUAGGUAUACGUAUAUUUUUUGUUAUGUUUUAAAAUUGUUUAUAAUUUUAUCAAGUAAUACUAUUGAUAUGAAUUUGAACGAGGACGGUACUUCAAAGCUGUCGGCACUUAAAAAAACAUUAGAUGCCCAUUUAUGAGCAAAGCCCAUUUGCUGAUAAACGAAAAGAAAAAAUACUGAAAAUAAUAAUUAUAAUAGUAUUACUUAACUAAUAAUAUUUAUCUUUAUCUAAAAGUUAUAGUGUGUAACUGAUAUAGCAAUUAAUAUUUACAACUGACGACUACUUAGGUAUAUCUAAUAUAAGUUGUCAAAUGAUUUCAUAUUGCAUUUGAUAUUAUACGAAUUGAAAAAUAUCAUAGUAUUAUAAUAAAUUGGCUUCACUUAGCAACUAAAAUUUAAUAUAAACAUUUUCAAGAUGACAUAAUAUCAGUAAAAACAUAGAAUGUCACCUAGUGAAAUGUACGUGUAUACAUAUACAUAUGCAUGUAAGCGAUAAAACUCGACCUAAUAAAAACACCAUUACAGUACAUUAGAAAAUACCUAAAUUCAAAAUUCCCAUUAUAUGUCAAGCGAAUUAUUAUUCGUUUUUAAUGAUUUACUAUGGAUUAAUACUACAGACCGAAGAUAUAUGUUAUAAUUUUUUCGCCUACUAACGCAAUUUUUUUUUCGUUUCCAGGACAUAUUAGAAUUCAUUGAGGGUUCACCACAUGGCGUAAUUUUGUUCACAUUCGGUUCAACAGUUUUAAUGUCAUCAAUACCGAACCAUAUAAAAAACGCUUUUUUAGAAGCAUUGUCUCACCUCCCACAGAGGGUUUUAUUGAAAUAUGAAGACGAACUGGAAGACAAACCCAACAAUGUGAUGACGAGAAAAUGGUUUCCCCAACGGGAUAUACUCUGUACAUUUUUUUCCAUAUUAACUAGGUUACGGGAUGUUCUCUGGAUAACGAACAGUUUAAUUUCCAGUGCAUCCCAAAGUCAAGUUGUUCGUCAGUCAUGGUGGAAUAUCCGGGGUGUACGAAACUGUGGACGCGGGCGUCCCGGUCUUAGGGUUUCCGUUGUUUAUCGAUCAGCAUAGGAAUAUAGACAAUUUGGUGGAAGCAGGAAUGGCGAUUUCCAUGGAUAUAUUGUCUGUGUCUAAAGACACGUUUUUAAAAAAUGUCGUGGAGCUUAUAAACGACGGAAAGUAAGCGAUUUUUUGUGAAUCGAUUUGUCAAACGAACAUAUCUACCUCAAAAUAAUAACUUGUUUUUUUCAGAUACAAAAAAAAUGCCAAAAUCGCUUCAGACAUAUUUAAAGAUCGUCCAAUGUCACCACAGCAGUCGGUAGUCUACUGGACGGAGUACGUAAUUCGCCAUAAAGGAGCGCCGCAUUUUAAAUCGCAGGCUCACAAUUUGACGUGGUAUCAAUACUUGUUGUUGGACGUGAUUUCUGUUCUGUUAAUUUCGAUUGCAAUUUUUUCGUUUGUAAUUUUUGUGGUGUUCAAAAUUGUCCACCAGUAUUUGUUUAAACGUUCGUACACCAUUCAAAACAAAUCCGAAUAA